AUGUGCAUGUGCAUGUGCAAACAUCUUCUCUUUCCCCUACUCUCCCUACCAGCACCUCCUCCAGUAGAACCCCCUAUCCCACCGCCUGUAGUCGAUUCCCCCCCUCCUCCACUCCCCUCUCCUCCUCCUCCAUCCGCCCCACCUCCUGCCCCUCCCCCUGCCGAACCUCCCGUGUAUCCUCCCCCUCCUCCUCCCUCCUCUCCUCCUCCGCCUCCCCCUUCCCCUCCCCCCAAGCCUAAACUCUCCCCUCCCCCUAAGCCCCAACUCUCCCCUCCCCCAAAGCCUAAACUCUCUCCCCCCCCGAAGCCCAAACUCUCCCCUCCCCCCUCUUCUCCUCCCCCUUCUCUUCCCUCCCCACCUCCUCCCCGUGCUAUUAGCCCCACUCUCCCCCCUAGCACUGCACCUUCCCCCAGUCCCGCCCCUUCCCCCACCAAUGACGCAGCCCCCCCCUCCCCCCCCUCUCUUAGCCCUUCCCUUCCCCCUUCCGCCGCCCCCCCUUCCCCUUCCACCCCCUCCCCUCCCUCUGGAAGUGGAGGAUUUUCUCCCCCUUUCUCCCAAGGGGGGAACGCCCCCCCUCCUCCUUCCCCCCAAUCUCCCCCGCCCCCAGCGUCAGGGGAGGGGGGAGGGGUGUCGAUGGGGGUGGUGGUGGGGAUAGCAGUGGGGGCGGGGGUUGUGAUUCUGGGAGUGGCGGGUGUGCUUCUAGUGUGUAGCAACUUGCUAGUGUUCAAUGGACAGGCAGAGGUGAAUGAGAUGGCCACGAAGCACCACCCCAACCUCGUGCGGCUGCUGGGAUACUGCAUUGACGUGGACGUGGCAGCAGAACGCACGGAGCAGAUUGUCAUCUACGAGUUUAUGGAGAAUGGGGACCUUGAGCAAUGGAUUGGACCAGGUGGGUGCGUUGAUCAGCUCGUAGACGUCGCACGCAACUGCCAGGCCAUCAAAGGAUCCACGUGCAACCCCUGGUUGCCGAGAACAAUGCCCAGGCAAUCAAGGACCCGCGGCUGGACGCUCCCCAAUGACGUGAUCCUCAAGCUCGCCCGCUUCGCCCUCUCCUGCACCGCCACGCCCGUGGCCACCCGCCCCUCCAUGCCGCGCAUUCUCUCCGACCCGGUGCUUCCUGUUCAACCAUUAGUCGCCGAGAACAACGCCCAGGCCAUCAAGGACCCGCGUCUAGGCGCUCCCAGCGACGUGAUCCUCAAGCUCACACGCUUCGCCCUCUCCUGCACCGCCAUGCCCGUUGCCACCCGCCCCUCCAUGGCGCGCAUUCUCUCCGACCUCAUCGCCAUGAAAGAGGAAUUCCUCGGCCCGGACCCCGACCCCCUGGUGGUGCGGAUAGAUAGUGACCUGGAGAAUCGGCGCGGGCCGAGCUUUUCAAGGGAGAUUCGGAGGGCGGAGGAGGUGGCUUCAGGGGGUGGAGGGGCUUCGGAGUCGAGCGGUGCUAUGGGGUCGAGUGGGGUGGUGGGGAGUGGGGCUAUGGGAUCGUCGACAAGCUUCGAUGUCUGA